AUGCGGAACACUCUAAUACUAGCUGCUUUUCUAAGCUUUUUAUUAAACUUAAAAAUAAGUGACUCCGUCAUUUUCAAAAUGACAAAUGUCGAGUGCUUAAGUCAUAACAAAUCGUGGGUGCGGAUAAAUACGUGUCGCUUGAAGGCUAUCAAUCGUUUCAAAGUGGUUUUUAAUUUUAAUGCCACCUUAUUCUACCCCACGCCUGACAUCAAAGUGACUUACAGAUUCUUUAAAAAGGAAAACGGCUACAAGCCCUGGCUCAUCAAUGUCGAGAUUGAUAGCUGCAGGUUCUUGAAGAAACCCUAUAAUGCCGUGGGCAUAAUGGUUUAUAAUUUUUUCAGAAACUUUACAAAUGCCAAUCACACGUGUCCGCUCUAUGAUGAACUUAUUGUUAAGAACAUGUAUCUUACAACGGAGCCUUUUAAGGGUCUGCCUUGGCCCACCGGCGAGUAUUUAUUCUCCUUAAGAUGGAAGUUCUUUGGCAAACCGCAGUUUGACACAAAUGUUAGUUUCCAAUUUGUUGAGGAUUUAUUGUAA